UUCGAGAAAGAUCAGUGGGAGAGUGCCCAGCUGGCACACAUGCUGGCAGAAGUGGGUAUAAAUAAGUGAGCAGUGUGAAGGGGUAGCACUUUUUAUACCCUUUUUAUCAGCGCAGGCUCCAGCUCUUCAGGUCAGACACCAUGGACGUCGCCAUCCACCACCCCUGGUUCCGCCGCCCCCUCUUCCCUUCUUACCUUCCCAGCCGGAUCUUUGACCAACACUUCGGGGAGCACAUAUCAGAAAACGAGCUGUUUGCACCCUUCCCCUCGCUCUACUACCCACGAGCCCCUUUCUUCCGCCUGCCCAGCUGGGUGGACAGUGGCCAUUCAGAGAUGCGAAUGGAGAAGGACCGCUUCAUGGUCAACCUGGAUGUCAAGCACUUCUCCCCGGAGGAGCUGAUGGUGAAGGUCAACGGCGAGUUUAUUGAGGUUCACGCCAAGCAUGAGGACCGCCAGGAUGACCACGGCUUUGUGUCUCGAGAGUUCCUCAGAAAGUACAAGAUCCCUGUGGGUGUGGACCCAAGCACAAUCACUUCCUCCCUGUCCUCUGAUGGUGUGCUCACCAUCACUGCCCCCCGAAAGCUGGAAGAUUUUCCGGAGCGCAGCAUCCCCAUCACUAUUGAUGACAAGCCCGCCGUGUCUGCACCACAGAAGAAGUAGGGCCGCUGGCCCUCAACCCCACCCCCUCAGCAUUCACACCACUGUCCCUGCCCCCCUCUCAUUCACAAGAUAAGGCAUCAAUCUUGACCGCCAGUGCCCAGCCGUCAGAAAUGGGGAAUGCAUUGAUCAGGAAGGAUGCAAUGAAAUGUUCAUUGGAGAUGGAAGGUUCAGAAAAAAGAGAAAUAAAUGUCUGUGCUUGGAAAGCAAUUUAAAGUCCCAUCUGCCACUCCUAUGAAACAUUUUGUAGCAUGACUUCCUAUUAAAUACUGCCCAGCUGAGAGAUGUACUUCACACGUAACUGCCUCAUGAACAGAUCUCUUGGGCUGCCACCAUCUGAUUAGAGCACUCAGAGCAACCUAGCUGGGGUAUGCUGCAGAGACAAGAGACACUUUGCCUACUUUGCCUUUGACAGGGUCACAAUCACCUCUUUGUACUUGAAACAGACGCACAGGGGUUCUCUGCUGGAACUGAUCUAGAUGCCAAGAAAGUAAUAUGAUAGCAACACUCUGAUGUCCAUUGCUCUUAACAACAGUGUCACAAUGAGACACCAAGGUAUGAACACAUGCUGAAGUGUCCAUACCUACAGUAGCAAUAAAGGGGCUGUAGGUUCCAGCUCUCCUCUAUCGCUAUCUACAGUAAGGGUAGUUAUAGUCAGAAGCAAGCCUUGUUUUGCAGGUCAAUUUUGAUAUCAGCUUGGAGGCAUCAAUGUCUGAAGUGUCUACCUCCCUCUCUUUCUCUAUUAGCAUAGUGUUGCUUUCUUACACGCCCUUUACGUAACUGCAAAGAUAAUGAAUUAAUCCAAAUUAUAGCAAAUAUAUUUGGAAUACAUACCAAAAUA